AUGCAUCCUUCGCACCUUGAACUUCUUGGGCAAGCCCAGGAUGGACAUCGGAGACCUGCUCAGGACUCGCCUCGCUCAGUCAGCCAGUUAAGAUCCGAGUCUAGCAGGCAGCGAUCAGACGACUCCUGGGUUGAGAUAUCUUCUCAGCCGUCCUCCUCCUCGCUCUCUUCGAUUGCAGAUGAAGUCGUGACGACUGGUCUUCGCGUGCAACAUGAGUCCGGAUCCCGCCGACGCCGCAGAGGUCCUCCCGGUAGUUUGAUUGAAGCUUCCUUGGUUCCUCGUCCGGCCAGCGCAGGAAGCAGCCAAGAGGAAUAUGACGAGAGCGAAAGCGACGUCGACCCUGUCAUGACAUCGUCAAACGAAGAGCUUGCGCCUCCUCAAACAAUGCGUAAUCAGGGAUCUAACAGGCCGUUCGCAGAGCCUCUCUUGGAUGAAACUACUUUCGAUGGGGAUGAUGCUGAUGAGGAGGGCACCGCUCUUGGCGUUCGUGAGGAGGAAAUGGUCUUCACACCUCAACCAAACGCUUUCUCCCACCCACCACAAUCUCAAUCUGACCGCCCCCGGCACGAGAUCCCCGGAUCAUACUUUCCUGCCCCGCGUCCCGCUUCUCGAAGUCCGCUCCAGAGACACUCCUAUCCAGGUCAGCGUCGACGACAGCACGCUCCUUUCAACGUCAUAUCUCCCUCCUAUCAGGCUGAAAACGAUGCGGCGCUGCGUGCUAGCCUCUCCACCUUACUCUCUUGCGCCGCUGCUGCCCGCGGCUUACCCAAACAUAAUCAGCCCAGUGCGACCGCUGUGGGCGCAUCGGGUCGGGUUGAACCCGCCACCCUGAGGAUGGUUCCCGAAUCGGACCUUAUGGGCGAAGAAGACAGUGUCAAGCAGGUUCAAGAGUCCCCUAAGCCUGCCCGACGGACAUCUGGCGCCUCGUCGCGCAGCACCAGCGCUGCCGCGAGCGUCACCGCCGACAAGGGAAAGCGACGAUCCAGCAGCGGAAAGGAGCGGCGUGUAGCAAAGAAGGUCCGCCGUAGUCCCGAUGAAAACAUUUCUCCGACUCUGUUGACUUGGAUUGUCUCUGCUGGUGUUGUCGUCUUGGUCAGUGCCAUUAGUUUUUCGGCUGGUUAUGCUAUGGGCAAGGAAGCCGGCAAAGCUGAAAUGGGCGUCCUCGGUACCAGUGAAGGAUCAAGCUGUGGACAAGAGGCAAUGAAAGGUGGGCUUCGGAAGCUUCGUUGGGGCGCGGCCUCGGCGUCUGUGCGUGCCUAA